AUGGGCCCCGGUGGUCACCAGGGUGGACAGAACGGGCGGCGGAGGAGAGAGCCCCACACCACGGUGCAGAGGCUCCUGGGCUGGGCACUGCCCGCCUCCUGCAGCCGGUUCCUGUGGCGCCAGCCGGGCGAGUUUCCGGUCACCGCCGUCCUGCUGGGGGCAGGCACUGGGGGGCUGCUGGCCGUCGGCCUCUUUCAGCUCCUGGUGAACCCGAUGAGCAUCUAUGAGGAGCAGAAGAUGGUGAUUCUGUACGGCUUGGCGGGCUCCGGGGCCGUGGGCUGGGGGACCUCCCCUCGGAUCCGCUGCGCCAGCCUCCUGCUCAUCCCCAAGAUGCUGGGCAAGGAGGGCAGGCUCUUUGUGCUGGGAUACGCCCUGGCCGCCAUCUACGAGGGACCGGUGGCCAACCUGCGGUUCAACCUCAACGAGGUGGUGGCCUCGCUGGGCUGCACGGUGCAGCUGCAGAUCAACAACACGCGCGCGGCCUGGCGCGUCUCCACCGCCCCGCUGCGCGCCGUGUUCAAGGACCUGCUGGGCAGCAAAACGUCCCUGAGAGCCGAGACGCAGAACAUCUCCAACUCCUUCGAGGAGCUGGACGCGCAGGUGAAGAGCGAGACCGGCUACACGCCCGAGGACGCGGGGGGCCUGGCGGAGACGGCCCCGCUCCGCGCCCCGGCCUUCCGGGCCCACCUCUCCACCCAGAAGAUGUACGAGCUGAAGACCAAGCUGCGUUGCGCCUACGUGGUGGACAGGGCCAUCCUCAGCUGCCGCCGCUGGUUUGACAAGAAGCACGCAGAGUGCAUGCAGCGCAUUCCGGUCCCGCUCCUCAACCACCUGCUCUGCCUGCCCAUGAAGUUCAAGUUCUUCUGCAGCAUCGCCAGGGCGAUGGAAAUUUGGUGCCGCAGCCGUAUCCCCGUGGAAGGCAACUUCGGGCAGACGUACGACUCCGUCAACCAGUCUAUUCAGGGGCUGGGCGGGGACUUUUCAGCCACGAUCAACUUCAAGGAGGAGAAGCAGGCGGGGCUGCUGGGCCUCAACGCCAGCUGGGAGCGCGUGAGCACCGAGGUGCGGGACUACGUGCGGCGCCGGGAGGCCCAGCUGGAGUGGGCCCUGGGGCUGCUGCACGUGCUGCUGUCCUGCACCUUCCUCAUCGUCCUCCACUCGUCCUUCUCCUACAUGGACAGCUACAACGGGGACAUUCGCUUUGACAACAUCUACAUCAGCACCUACUUCUGUCAGAUCGAUGAACGCAGGAAGAAGCUGGGCAAACGGACUCUGCUGCCGCUCCGCAAAGCGGAGAAGAAGACGGUCAUCUUCCCCUACGACCCCACCAUCCAGGCCUCGGAAAUGAGAAACGUGAUAAUGGAGCUGCUGGAGACGGUGCCGGUGCUGCUGCUGCUGCUGGUGCUGUGCGGGCUGGACUGGGCGCUCUUCUCCAUCUUCGACACCAUCCGCCAGCACUCCUUCCUGCAGUACUCCUUCCGCAGCCGUCAUAAACUGGUGGUGAAAGUUGGGGGGGACUCCCUGAUCGCCCGGCUCCUCAGGAAAACCAUCGGGGCCCUGAACACCUCCUCGGAGACAGUGGUGGAAUCCAACAACAUGCCCUGUCUGCCUCAGCCCCUGUCCCUGAGCGCCGGAGACUAUGUGAGGACCGGACUCCCCACGGGCCUGCUGGUGUGUCUCUGUCUGCUCCAGGCUUUCGGCUACCGACUGCGGAGGGUCAUCGCAGCCUUCUACUUCCCCAAGCGAGAGAAGAAGCGGGUCCUCUUCUUCUACAACGAGCUCCUGAGGAAAAGGGCGGCCUUCACCAAGCUGAGGAGGGCGGCCAUCGUGAGGCAGGCGCGGGAGCAGAGGGCCCGGCGCCACGACCUGGCGGACAUCCUGCACCGCCGCUGCCCCUUCCUGCGCCCCUGGCUGCGCCGGCGCUGUGUGGUGUGCCAGGCCCCGGAGGCACCCGACUCCUACGUGUGCCCGACUGCGGACUGCGCGGCGGUGUACUGCCCGUCCUGCUGGGACGACAUGCGGCAGCGCUGCCCGGUCUGCACGCCCCGGGAGGAGCUCUCCUCCUCCGCCUUCAGCGACAGCAACGACGACGCCACCUACGCGGAGUGA